CCGUGCUGUCCUCUGUUGUCUCUUCACCAGGAGUGAACCUCAUCAACACUAACUGCUCAGCAGCUCACACCCGCCAGGCUCUGUGCUGCAAGAUGUCAGUGGAGUACGAUAAAUUCAUCGAGUCUCAGAAGAAGUGGUUCUGCCACGUGGAUGAUGAUAACUACGUCAUCCUGCCCAGCCUGCUGGGGCUGCUCUCCUCCUACCACCACAGCCAGGAUGUCUACCUGGGCCGGCCCAGUCUGGAUCAUCCUAUAGAGGCUGCAGAGAGGGUCAAGAGUGACGGAUCGGUGUCUGUCAAGUUCUGGUUUGCCACAGGUGGAGCAGGUUUCUGUAUCAGCAGAGGCCUGGCACUGAAAAUGAGCCCAUGGGCCAGUUUGGGUAAUUUCAUCAGCACAGCAGAGAAGAUCCGACUACCAGACGACUGCACCAUCGGAUACAUCAUUGAAGCGCUGCUAGAGGUGACCCUAACGCACACACACCUCUUCCACUCACACCUGGAGAACCUUCAGAAGCUGCCCACUGACACUGUGCUGGAGCAGGUGACUUUGAGCUUUGGAGGCUUUGAGAACAGAAGAAACGUGGUCAGCAUUAUUGGAGGCUUUUCAUUGGCUGACGACCCCACCAGGUUUAAGACGGUGCACUGCCUUCUCUAUCCAGACACUAACUGGUGUCCAAAGCUGGAACACAGCCACAUAAACUGAAAGCCACUGUGUUUCUAACCUGCAGCACGCACACAAACAUCUAUCCCACCGCCUCACUCUGCCACGUUUGGAUCAAGCUACGUUUAGCUGGAAGGAUGGCAUGUCACACAUGUGGUUUGGUGGCUAUCUGUAUCCAAAGCAGCUUCACCUCAUGCUUUAUGAAUGCAAUCUAAACAGCUGGAGCCAAAGAAUGAAUUAGUUUCUGGCGACUAGAGCAUGGUGGUUGGUAAAGCCAGAGCCACACCCCCCACUGUAAAUGAGCUAUAAAUGACCCUCAAUGUUCCUCAACUGAGAAACACAGCAGUCUCUUAGAUCAUAAUAAGUAACCAAACUAUAAGUUCAGGUACAUAUGCUACAAAUGUUUCAACUUAAUUCAUGACAAACUAUUUUUUUCAUGAUUUUUCCCACGUUUGGUAAACUGUCAGCUCGGUCAUCGCUUACGUGGUUCAGUCCGUACAGAAGGUGAGCACGUCAGCCUCCUGGUCAUUUAAUCUAGCUGGUGUUACUCCGAGGCACGCAAGUAGUUUAUUAAUUGGAGGUUUUCCCGUUUGUCUGCAGAUUUUCUUUUUGUGUUAACGAUUUAGCUGUGUUUACGUAGGAUUAGCUUUCAGCCUGCUGCGUGUGUUUCACUUUCAUCUUGUCCUACUUCCUGUCUUUGUCAUUGGUUCGAUGAAGGAAACGUUCUAUGGCUCCAUCCACUGGUUUAACCUGUAGAGGGGCACAAUAGGCCGGGUUACAGUAUGUGAAGGACCCUACAUUCUUAUUGCAGUGAGUUUCCUACUCUGUUUGUGAGGCAUGGACGUUUGAGUGUUUAAUGAAAAGCCCUCAAACCACUGACCCGUAUUGUGUCAUUUCAACACUUCAAUCUUUUAUUUUUGUUGACAUGUCAUCCCAAAGUCUAUAUAAAGUACAGUUUCUUUAGAAUGGGAGGUUGUUGAGGUAUUUUUCUGAAGUCUUGUGUAUGGGGUUGGUUCUCUCACAUUGACUGGACUGAUGUUUGAUGUGACGAAGGUUUGUAUGCUGCGUGUGCACACAUUUAUUUCUGACUGUUGUAAUUGCUCUGAUGCCUUUGUGUUCUCAGCCAAAUACCUUCUUGUGUUAGCCCAUUCCUAACAGGCCCAUCUUUAUGGUUUUGCACUACUUUGAUCUUGUCACUUCCUGUAUGUUGCUGUAGUUACAAUGUUGAUGUAAAUAUGAGUGAACUGCAUUAUGUUUUGUGUCUUUGCAUCGGUUGUAGUCUUAGCUCUGCAUAUGCUUCUUUAAGGUAGAGAUUAUUAGUUCUGUUGGAGUUAUUGGAGCCAAAGAUUCCUCAACCACAUUGUCACGCAUUUUGUGGACAUUCAUGGUCCUCAAGGAGAGAUGCUAAUAGUUUGAGUGACUUCUUACCUUUUUGUUUAAACUUCCUGUUGACCAGACAAUGAAUCUUCUAUGUCUCUGGCAGCCAGUGUUAGCUGGCAUAGCUAACUUUAGCAACAUGGCUAACGUUAGCAGCCAGAAACGAGCAUCACAAACAAAUGUAGAUGUUUGUUUCUGGACGCUCCUGGCUUCCAUGUAGUUCCUGGUUAAUUUUCUGGCUGUUAACAUGAACUAGUGGUAGCUAUAGCAGCCUGGCUGCUGUCCAAAGCAAGAAAGAGAGCGCCUGAUGUCAGUGCUACCAUAAAGGCAGAGUCAAACGCCUGUUUGUCCAUUAAAUCCAUUUUGCAACGACAGCCUUCGAGCCCUCGUUGUUCCUGGAGAUCGUACCUGGUGGCUGACAUAAUAGCGACAGAUGGGCUUAUGGUGAGCUAGAGGCUAAAUACAAGAUUCUCUCACCUUCUUAAAAAAAUAUUGUUUUGCAGUGCAUGAAUGUCCCGUGAAAUUGGCUGUGGAUAUUCUAGUAGGAUUUUUCUUUUUACUUUAAAAAGUGCCACCACUCAGUCUGGUGAUCCUCUGACUUUUCAUCUAGCGCCAUCACGUUAUAUUACAUGUAAUAAAAACAUGUAAAUGUGUCCAAUACUUUGGUUUACUAACUACUAAACUGAGUCUGUGCUAAUUGGCAACUUUUAGCAUGCUAACACUCUAAAGUUGUGUGCUGAAUAUGUGAUCUGCAUGUUAGGAUUUAGCUCAAGCACCGUUGUGCUACAGCCUUGGAGAAGGUGCUUUAUUUGUUCCUAGGUACAAUGAAACCCAGUAAAAAAAAAAAAAAAAAUCAAAUAAAGUUAAAACAAGGGUUGGUACUCUUGAUUAAUCUGGAGUACACUAGAUUGUUUCCCAAAGCACCAUAAGAGGUGCUUGCUGUAUGGAAGGUUGUGGGAAGGAAGAACUUAGGAGAAAGGAGAGCACUAAAACAUGGCAUAUGGCUGAACACCAUAGUCUAGUCAUUGUACAAGGGAGCAAUAUGACUUGGAGUCAGCCUUUGGAUGUUUCUCUAUAGUUGGAAGUUUCCUUCUCCUCGUUUCAUAUUUGAACUUGCUUUAAAGCUAGGGUUGGUAAUCUUGAGUAACUAGCGAGAGUUUGCUAGUUUAAAUCCAGCCCAAUAAAAGUAGCUCGCAGCACUAGCUCCAAAAGUUGCUAAAUCUAUCAAGAAAGUCUCCAAGUCAUCAACACUAACAGCCCGUCCUUUUUUAGGCCUCCCGCCUAAGCCCCUCCCCCAGAAUGAUCAUUAUGAAUAAGCAACAAACGGCUGUAGUUAGCUCUCACAGCUGUCAAGCUAGCAGCUUGUGGAAGAUUGGUGAUGAGCAGUGAUUGCACAGGCAGCAGCUCGCUGAACAGCUGUGGCAGUCAGCUGACACAAUAGAAAAGGAACUCCUUGUAGACGACAUGUUCUUAAAUAGGAACACCUCUGUUCCUUAUUGGACUUCAGGUUUGCUCGUUGGCUGACUUGUUCUCCCAUAAACUGGUUCUUUGGCUCCACCGACUCCGUUAACACUAUCCAGAGACGGUAUAGAGUGCUGCAGAGAUCUUUACAGGUUUGGUUCCCUCAACAAAUAGACAAUGGAGAUUUUCUUUUUUUUUUCCAUUGGAUUUUGGAUUAUUGCAGAAAAUAAGGUCUGUCAAAUGAACUUUUAUGAAGCUUCCAUGUUCAGCUCAAGAUAAUCUUCACAAAUGACCACGUUUACGGUUGUCUCAUUUAGACACAACCACCUUUUUUAAGUCACGUAAAAGCUUCUGGAAUCAUAUGAGGGGUUUUUACUGACGUGUUCAAUGUCCGACCAAAAUGUUAUUCAGGGCAUCGAACCAGAAACCCAUUCAAAGAACUCCUUGACUUCCAGACGAGGAAACCUGCAAAACGUUGUGACUCAUUUGUGGGUUUUAGUCAUUUCUGCCUGGAACAAAGUAUUGGUGUGAAACACUUGUCUACCUGGAGCAUGUGUUCCACUGCAGGUCAGUGGGUGAGAACUGAUGAAUUAUUGUGUUUCAAUAACAAUAAAACCUUUCUGCAUCGUCAUGUGUUUGGUUGUUUUACUGUUGAAUUGAUAUUUGCAGAGUUGUUGUGUCUGCUUUUGUUUGGGUCAUUGAACAGAACACCAUGUAACCAAAGCAAAGCCUCAGCAGUGUGUCGUUAAUGACAUCAUUUACAACUGCAUGAUUUAAAUGUUUCCCCAUUUCCUCCUGGAAGUGUCUGUAGCUAAUGGAAGUGGUCUGUUGGACGGGCAGAUGAGCUCACUGAGCAAACACUGGAUCUCAUGUGAUGUAAUGCAACCAUUUAGUGCUCCUAAAUCACAAACGGUGGAGAAAGAAAAGGCUACGACUUUAGUGUGUGUGUGUGUGUGUGUGUGUGUGUGUGUGUGUGUGUGUGAGAGAGAGAUUCAGUCAUGAUCACGUCUGCUCAAUGCUACACGCUAACAGGGAUAGCUGAUCACACUGAGCUCAAAGCAGCUUAACAGGAAACCUCAUAUCAGGUUUAUAUACAGUAUGUGGAAUAUUGGGAGUCAAAAGCAACAUUUUCAGAUCAAUCAUAAAGACGGAAUUAAGUGAAUUUAUAAUUGUUUUUUUAACCUGUAAACUACAUUUAAAAAAUCCCUUUUAUUUCGAAGCAUGCAUUUCUGUCAGCAACAAGAAUUUAGUUCUUACAUUGUACACAAACAAAGUUUCUAUUUGUAGCAUUUCACCAGGAAUAUGAAAGAAGUGAUGAAUUAAUAAUGAUGAAAAGCAAUUGUAUUUGUUCUAAAUCAAAACUGAGAUCUUAUUUGGAUUUAUAAAGCUCAACACAAACCUUACUGUUAGGAAUAUUUAGUUUUUCUGCAAAACACCCUUUUUGUAUUCAACCGAAGAAUCUAACAUUUAGCUGUUUAAGUAAAACCAGGAACAAUCGGAUGAAUACAUAAGAAUACAUAAGAUAUCUCGAUCAUUAUUAUGAAGACUGUUAAAGUGACGCGUGUGGAUUAUUGGAUUGAAGGCAGAAAUCUCAGUCACAUCUGUGAAAACCUGGACAAAUAAACCGAAAUGUGAGAGAGAAACACUCUUGUUAUUUGGGUGAACUGACCUUUAAACAAAUGCAGUGUUGGAAAAAGCACUUCAGAGAAAGUAUUACCACAGAGUAAAAAUACUCCGUUACAAGUAGAAGUCCUGCAUUUACAAAACUAACUGGAGUAAAAGCGUUUUAGCAUCAAAACAUACUUAAAUCAUCAAAAGUACAAGUACUCAUUAUGCAGAAUAAU